UCGACUUCAACUGAAACCUUUUUUCCUUCUUUGCGCUCAUUCUUUUUGUUAUUCUAUUGAGGUUCAACUAUUCCUUGUCGGGAACUCUUCAUAUACUGCCUCACCCCCUCUAUUGAACAAGUCAAAAAUCUGGGCGCGCGCUUCUGAUCAUGCCCUUCCACAAGCCCUUUCGGUGAUAGUUUCCUUGAACAGUGUGACCUUUGACUCGACAAGAUCUCCCCUCCUCCUUCUCCUCCUCUUUCCCCGCCGCGCGCCCACCGCUCGCCCACCGCUUCAACCCUUCCUAAAUAUCGGGUUGCCCGCCCGCGCAAGAAGACAAAAUGGCCACCUCCGCUGGCUCGUCAGUGAGCGAGCUUUGCGCCCGACUCUACGAUGCCUGCUUGAAAAACUUCCCGUCCGACCAUCUCUUCUACCAGCAAGAUCUCCUGGGCUUGGGGAUUGUCCCCAAAAAUGACCUCGCGUUACUCCUCCAAUGCACCCAAUCGCUCGUCAAUCAGAAACUCUUCCGACUACUCCAGGGCAAGAAUGACCGAUUGGCGUGGAAGAUCAUCUCGCGCGAGGACGCAGAGAAACUCCAGAACCUCAGCCCCGACGAGAGUUUAGUGUACAACGUGAUCCAUUCGACGGGGCGGUCCGGCAUCUGGGUGCGCGCGAUCGGCACGCGGACGAACUUGCACAAGUCGAUCCUGGACCGCUGCCUGAAGUCGCUGGAAGGGAAAAAUUACAUCAAAAGCGUGCACAAUGUCAAGUUCCCCAGCCGGAAGAUGUACAUGCUGGCGGGGCUGGCGCCCAGCGAGGACGUGACGGGCGGGGCCUGGUUCACGGACGGGGUGCUGGACGAGAACUUCAUCAACAGCGUGGCCGGGUUCAUCGAAUGGAAGGUCAGCCAGAAGAGCUGGUACGAGGUGCCGGCCGUGCAGCAGCACCACCAGCGGAAUAACAAACGGCUGAAGACGGCCGACGGCAACGGCAUUGCCCACGAUCACCACCACGACCCCCUCGACCAACAACAACCUCAAAAGGAAUACAUCCCUUUCCCCGCCGGCUACCAGGGCUACCCCACCAUCCCCGAGCUGACGGCGGCCGUCAACGCCAGCGGCAUCACCCCGGUCCGGCUGGGCGAGGAGAGCAUCACGCAGCUGCUGGAGAUGCUCUGCUACGACAACAAGCUGGUAGCCCUCAACAACGGCGAGGUCUACCGCUCUGUCAAGACCCCAGACCAGGUCAAAUCACAGCAGGCGCGCAAACCGCCCGGCGAGGACUCCGGGAUUGACGACCGACUCGUGCGCAACGGCAUGACCGAAGCCCCCUGCGGCCAUUGUCCCGUUUUCAAGCUCUGCGCUCCCGGUGGCGCCGUCAGCCCCGAGAGCUGCGAAUAUUUCGAUCCGUGGUUAGAAAAGGCCCUGGGAUUCUAGACCUUCUUCCUCUCCUCUGGGUGUGGACAUUUCUGGCAUGGGUUUUCACCCAAGGACUCUUAUUCAUAACACCAUUUAUCCUUUGCAUUAUUUUUUUUUUUUGGUUAUCCUUGCAAAAACCCCCUCAAGUCCACCUCUUUACUAAAGAACCUCCUCACCCUUUAUUUCAUACUGUAUACCAACCCCAAGCUCGCGCACCCUAAACGGAAAGAAGCAUCCCUGCUUCUUUGCGCUAGAGAUGGGGCCCAAAAUGAUUGAUUUGCAUAGCGAUGGCGUCUCUUUUUUUGUUGUUGUUUAUUGUUCUUAUGUAUCGAGUCAGGGACAGGCAGGCAAGGCAGGAUGCCGGAUUCAUAUACUAGUGCAUGGUCGGUCGGACACUGUUUCUCAUCCAUGCGGACAUCAUUGUUUAUAUUUAGCCGUCUGGGAUUGAAAGAUGGAUUUAGGGACGAUAUGAG